ACAACAAGAACACCAGCAUUGCGCUUCUAUUGAGUUAUCGCUGACAUCUGCUUGGAAUUUUGAAAGCCAGAAACCUUUUCUUUUGAUUUGUAGUAAACAGUCAACCUUAUAUGAAUCAGAAAGGGUUUUAUUCGCCAUGAUAGUUUGCACAGACAAGGAAUUUGCUUUUGGCUGGAAGGUGCAUGCAAAAAACAUAAUCUUACAUUUUAAUUUAUGGUCUAACUAUACUAAGGGUACAUAAAAUAGCAAUAAUAAGUAAUACUAAGCAAGUAUCCCUGCUUGUCUUGUGCAUAAAAUGUGAAUACAUCAGAAAUGUACCUUGGGUGGGAAUUUUCACUGUAUGUUGCAUUUUUACACCGCUUAAGAUGAACAUGGCCUACACUAAAUGGGUAAUAACACGCCGAUAUUGGUCCACAUACACAUACAAAAUGUAGAUGGACAGCUUGAAUGAUGCCCAUGGUUUAAUGUGAGGUCCUAGAAGCUCAUGUGCUAUGGUCAGGUGUCCGAACUUUGUCACUUUUAAAUUCAGGAACAUUAAAUGUUAGACCAUGUGAGAAGAUGGUAGUACUUUUCUUCAGUUGUAAAUUAGGUUUUUAAAAAAGUUUUUUCUAGAAGAACGUGUUCACCGAUCAAUCACCGAUAGGCCGACUCUUAAUGAUCAGAUUAGUUAUCAAAGCAGUAGUGGAAUUGGGUCAGAAGAACUACAUUUCCCAUAAUCUCCCCGGUCUGUAGUUCAGACCAAUGCGAAGAGGGAAUAUACUGAAUAUUAGCAGAACGGUAACAAACCGCCGAAUCCCAUUCGGAAGAGGGCGAACCACGGUCGUGGGAACAAAAAUAUCAUGGCGCAAUCUAAAUGAUAGGACCCGCUUUGGCACAUAUUAAAAAAUUCAACGAUUAGGCUACACCAGUGGUGCAGAAAACGGAAACGCCAUCCAGACUGGAAUUAUUAGCCAACAAAAGUACAUUGUUGCAAAAAUAAUAAUUUGACUGUUACCCGGUCGGAUCGAAAUGGUAAUUAAGGUUUACAUUGCAUCCUCUUCUGGAUCUGUUGCGGUGAAGAAGUAUCAGCAGGCUGUCGUGGGCUUCCUGGAGUCUAACCGCAUCUCCUUCCAGGAAGUAGAUAUCACCAUGUUGGAGGACCAGAGGAUGUGGAUGUACCGGAACAUUCCCCAAGAGAAGCAGCCACAGAAGGGCAACCCUCUUCCGCCGCAGAUCUUCAACGGAGACCACUACUGUGGGGACUACGAAGACUUCUUCCAGUCAAAAGAGAACAAUUCCGUAUUUGCAUUCCUGGGCCUUCAUUCCCAACCCUCAGUGAAAGAUUCAGAGUCGUAGGAGCCCCCGUCAAUGCCAUGAGGAACCCUGAGGAACCCUGAAGCACUGAGGCUGAUCGCCCCUCCACCACCAUCACCGCCUCGUUUACCCCCUCAGUGAAAGUUCCCCACCACAUCUCCUGGAGAUGCCACCACGUUGCCAAACAUCAGAGCUCCACUGCUUCCCUUUGAAACCAUUCCACCCACGCUUCACUGAUACACCUCAAGUCUAACCUGCCGGAGUGGAGCGUGGAGAGAUAGGUCGAACACUUUUAGAUGUUACUUCCUUGUAUUUGUACAACUUCUGAUACUGAAAGCGUGGUGUUUAUAGUUAUGUAUUCUUUGUGUAACAGAACUCAAAUUUAGCUCCUUUUGAAUCAGUAGAAGUGUAUGUAGCUGUGGUGAGUUCCCCAGUCCAUGUAGCAGUCCUGUGAAAUCUUCAGCGUAGUAUGUGGCAGUAUGUCUCACAUGGCUUUUGAACGGGUAGUACAACCAUGCAGACAGAAAGACAACACUAAUGUGGGUGUGUACGUGUGUGUGUGUGUCUGUGUGCGUGUGUGUCAGUUAAAGGUUGUUAAUGAAGGCUGUGAGAAGUGAAGGAAAUUGAGAGGGAGCACUUAAUGCAACCUGAGACAACCUGGGGGCUAGCGUAGGUGUGUGUGUGUGCACGUGGGCGUGUGUGUGUCUAUGGACAUUGUUUUGUGUGAAAAGAUGAAGUGGUGAUCAAACUACGAGUGACCUUGGACCAUUACUGCAUGGUCUAAAUGAAAAACAAAUCUCCCUCAUGUUGUUUGUUUUUCUUCAUUUAUCCACAUUGUCAAACUUUCAUGUGCAAGACUAUUAUAGCUACGAAAUGAUUUUUCCACCACACUGUGGUGAAUGGUGUGGUGAAAAGUGUCCGUAGUGUCACAGUCAGAUUUGCAAGGGUGUUUCUGUUAUGUCUCUCAAAAUCAAACACAAACAACAGCAGGAUCCCAUCCCAUUUUCUAUAAGUAGAGAGUGGUCGGGGAAAGAGACAGUCACAUGAUGUAUGAUCCUACCCCCUGGAUUAAGCAGAUGGACAGAUGCUUCAUCUUUCAUUUGCAGUAUGUUUUCUCUCUCUUUCUCUCGUUCUCUCUCAUUCCCCCUUUCUCUCUGUCUCUCCUCUCUCUCUUUCAUUGUCUUUCACCUGUCACUGCAUGGAUUCCGUUCACCUUAAAGGAUAGUGCAGUUGCAUAAACGCUUCAACAAACUGUCUUACCCCCAUCCCUGUAACUCUCCCUCCUCCUUUUCUCCCCCACUUCCCUCUUUCCCCUUAUUGCGCUGAUUCACUCUUAUUAAAUUAUCAUGGAUGGAUGAACAAUCAUUUUGUGCUUACACAUGAUGGACACACAGGGGCCCUUUUGGCCUUUAGAGAUCAUACACAAAGGCAUGCAAAGAGACCCAUUCUGUAGCGCCAUCUUGCGAAUUAACGUGGAACUAUAUUCAUGUUUCGAGGGAAAAGCAGACAUUCCAAAGUAAAACUUGCUUUCAUACUGUAAAACAAAAUGAACAUUCCCCUUGCGGCUUUUGAACUGUACAAGAAAUAAACGUGUACAUAACAGUUGUUUGUUGAUGCAUGCUGUGUACUGUCUCUAAAGGGUUUAUGUAGGUUUACUGUAUUAGAUCAAAUUUGCUGGACACUCUGUGUACUGUCUGUUUGUCAUGCUUGCUUUGCUCUUUAUUGCAUGCUAACUCUGGCAGUGUAUGCAUACGUUUUGACACUAAAACAACCACAAAGGCCAGACAAAAGUCUAGUAACAACCCAUAUUUUGACAGUGAAAAGAUAAGUAACAGAUGGAUGAACAGUACUGUAUAGGAUGGCCCCUCAGACUCCCUAGGCUCAUGUCGUUUUCCCCAUAUUGAUCAAUUUCAUGCUUUCAGUUCGCCAGUACCAUGGUGUGGGUCUGGCAAACACAGAUUUCAGGUUAUUUUUGUCCUUGACAAUCACUAAAAAGUAUAUGUUUUGCCUGCCGGUACCUGCUGUUGAUAAAAGUGACACACCGUGAUGUAAACAAGGAUUGAAAAAAUAUUUUCCAGUUUUUUAUGGCAUUAUUUAUGUUGUCAAAUUUGAGCAAUAAAACUUUAUUUUAAACAGAAUGUAUUUUUUAUGUAGUCUGAAGUCAUAAUGGUUCUUCUUUAUCAGGGACUUAGUGUGCUAGGGCUACCAUUUUUGCACAUGGACAUUUAAUGUCAUGACCUGAAAUUACCCUAAAACCAUGCUGAAAUGUCAGAUUGAAUUCAGGUAAUGCUACUGUCAAUUCAUAUAAUCUCUUUCAGUUGUAUUAAAAAAGCAAAGUCAUCUAAACCAUGGUUUGCACAAGUUUCCUCAUUGCAUCCAAACUAUGUAGCUCAUCGAGUUAACUAAUUCAGCUAGCCACUGUAAAUACAGGACUGUAAAUGUAGCUACAUAGUCGCCCUACCCUCUAAGCCAACAAGGGAUAACCGAAAGAAGUAGCAACUUUUUGUUUAUGAGGAGACAGCCAGAGCUGAAUCCUGAUGACUGGACACCUCUACAUGAGACAUCUAAUUGACAUCACUUCGAUGUUUCGUACUGGGGGGACAAAACACUGACUAGGAGCACAAAAGGCUCAUGAAUGAAAACCAGUUUAUCCCAGUUUACUCAUCUACUGGGAAUGAGUACAGAAUCAGUAACGCUGAAAUAGAACACAAUGGUAACCACAGCAAUUCAAAGAAGCAGCCCAGUCUGGUACAGUAAGUGUCCUUCUAAUUGUGGCAUAUUCUCAUUUCUCUCCACUUUCUCCAGUCACCUUCCCAGUGUUUGACACCAUGAUUGGUGUUAUCUCUUUUCUCAUGGACAGAUUAAGCUCCAGUGUUCAGCUUUGUAAAAGAUCUGUCCUUCUGUUCCUCCCCUUUCAUCUGUUUCACAAGGACUGUAUUUUUGCAGAUAUUCCAUCUAUUCAUGGUAUGAGGAAAGCUCUGCGUCCUCACUGUGAUUGUUUGAUCACAAGGAGUGGAGAUAGAAUUUGUCAUAAUUUCCCAUGAGAUCACUAAGGUAUACAAACAAGCUUGUUUGAAUGUAAAGUUAGAAAGAUCUUAGUGUACAUGUUACCAGGUUGUCAACAUGGGGAUGUGUGUCUUUUAAUAAGGUAUGUCCACUGCCUGGGUGCAAUUACGCCGUCUGUAAAUGAUUGUAACACUGAAGCACUGGACCCAUACUAGAUGACACAUGACAUUCUAUUUGCAUCACACACAAAAGUCAAAAUCUGUGUGGAUGUUAUUGUAUAUAGGUAUUU